AUGAAGGUUUUCGCAGUUCUGUUCGUGUGCUUAGUAGCCGUUCAGGCCCUCACUGACGAGCAAAAGGAAAAGCUGAAGAAGCACAGGACUGAAUGUCUUGCCGAGUCCAAGGCUGAUGAACAGCUCGUUGGCAAACUGAAGACUGGUGAUUUCAAGACCGAAAAUGAACCUCUGAAGAAGUAUUCACUCUGCAUGCUCAUCAAAUCUGAAUUGAUGACAAAGGAUGGCAAAUUCAAGAAGGAUGUUGCUCUCGCUAAGGUCCCCAAUGAAGCCGACAAACCAGCAGUGGAGAAACUGAUCGACACCUGCUUGGCCAACAAAGGAAACACCCCACAGCAGACAGCAUGGAACUACGCCAAGUGCUACCACGAGAAGGACGCCAAACACUCCAUUUUCCAAUAA